AUGAUGGUAUGUUCAUCAAAUGUAUUGAUACUAUAUUAUUCCUUUUCUAACCAUUUUAUAGGUGUUGGUAAAUCAAGCUUAAUCACUGCUUUGAUCAAAGAUACAUUUGUGCCCAAUAUUCAAUCAGUUUUACCUGCCAUUACAAUUCCAAGGGAUUUUUCGUCUUCUCCAUACUCCCCAAAUGCUACAGUACUGGUUGAUACCAAUUCUCAAGAUAUUCCAGCCUUACAAAAAGAAAUUAGAAGAGCUGAUGUUAUUUGGCUGGUAUACAGUGAUCAUUAUACAUACGAACGUAUUUCAUUAUAUUGGAUGAACAUUUUCAGAUCUCUUGGUGUGAAUUUACCAGUGGUUUUAUGUGCUAACAAAUCAGAUCUUUCAACAUCUUUGGACUCGGACAGAACUAUUUCAGAUGAAUUUAUUCCAAUAUUGAAAGAAUAUAAAGAAGUUGAAUCAUGCAUAAGGUGUAGUGCAAAAGAUAAAUACAAUGUUAGUCAAGCGUUUUAUCUCUGUCAAAGAGCAGUGACACAUCCAAUAUCACCAUUAUUUGAUGCUAAAGAAGGUAAUUUAAAACGAAAUGCUACUGCUGCCUUGUCAAGAAUAUUUUUUUUGUGUGAUAAAGAUCAAGAUGGAUUUUUAGAUGAAUCUGAAUUUUUAGCAUUACAAAAGAAGUGCUUCGGGAGAAGUUUAGAUAUUAACGAUCUUGCUGAUAUUAAGCAAGCUGUAAACCAGGUUAAGGAAGGAACAUUUGGCUUAAGAGGAUUGACAGAAGAAGGUUUCAUAAUAUUGAACAAGAUUUUCGCUGAGAAGGGAAGACACGAAACCACUUGGGGGAUACUACGUACUUUCCAUUAUACUGAUUCUCUUUCUUUGAAUGAUAAAUUUUUAUAUCCUGUGCUAGAUGUUCCAAGUACUUCAAGUGUUGAAUUAAGUCCUAUUGGAUAUAGAUUUUUUGUUGAUUUAUUUUUAUUGUUUGAUAAGGAUAAUGAUGGUGGUUUAAAUGAAGAAGAAUUACAAUCAUUAUUCAAACCAACACCUGGUGUACCAAGAGAAUGGAUAGAAACUAAUUUCCCACAAACAACAGUAAGAAACGAACAAGGUUAUGUCACACUUCAAGGUUGGUUAGCUCAAUGGAGUAUGACUACAUAUCUAGAUUAUAAAACAACGUUAUCAUAUCUAGCAUAUUUGGGAUUUGAGAGUGCCGCAAAAGGUGGCACCACUGUUGCUUUAAAAGUCACCAAACCAAGAAAGGAAAGGGUCAGAUCUGGUAAAAAUUAUAGAAUCCCAGUAAAUGAUCGUUCUGUGUUCAAUUGUUAUGUAUUGGGUAGUUCAGGUAGUGGUAAAUCAUCAUUAUUAGAAGCAUUAUUAGGGAGACAAUUUAGUGAAAUCUAUAACCCAACUAUAAAACCAAGAAUUGUUGUUAAUAGCGUUGAAUUGAAAGGUGGUAAACAAGUUUAUUUAAUUUUGGAAGAACUGGGUGAAUUAGAACCUGCAAUUCUUGAUAAUCAAUCAAAACUUAACCAAUGUGAUGUUUUAUGUCUGACAUAUGAUUCAUCAGAUCCAAAUAGUUUCCACUAUCUUGUUGAACUAGGUCAAAAACAUUCUUUGAUAUCAAGUGUUCCUUCAAUUAUAGUUGCAUUGAAAGCUGAUUUAGAUAGGCAACAACAAAGAUGUGAUAUCCAGCCAGAAGAAUACACUACUUCUUUGAACAUUCCAUCACCACUUCAUAUAUCAUCAGCAUGGCCUAGCUCUUUGACAGAGUUAUUUGUUCAAUUAGUUGAAGCAUCCAACGCUCCUGCUUCUGCUACGCCAGGUCUUGAACCGGAAGUUCCAAAUGAUAACCUUCAAAACGUUGUAUUGGCUACAUCUGCGGUUGGAUUUAUGAGUAUCAUGUCAUUAUGGAUCUGGAAGAUGAGUAUGCAACAAAAAUAG